AUGUCGAUGAAGAAAGAGAGGAAGAUCCAUAUUGAUCUCUCUCUCACGUUACAAGAAGAAGAAAAAGAAGAUGCCAAUGAGGAAGAUCAUCACACACAUAAUCUUGAAGAAGAACAAGCAAAAGAGAUAGGAGAGAAAGGAGAAGAGAAGUCAACGCAAGAUAAUAAUUUGAUGAUAGAUGAAGAGGUUAAACUAAGAGUCAAGAUAAAUCGCAUGAAGGAGGAGAACACACAACUACAGAAGAUAAUUGAUUGCACCAUGAAAGAUUACUACGAUCUGCAAACAAAGUUUGUGGCUAUCCAAAAACGAGACCAACGAGAGUAUGACAAGCAUGGGAAGAAUGGAUACAAUGAGCACAAAAGGGUUCAUGACGAAAUUGAUGAAUCUUCGCAAUUUAAGCUCGGCUUGUCAUUAGGGUUGCAGACACAAGUUGAGCAGAUUGAAAAAGAAACAUCAGAUGGAGAGAAAGGCAUAAGAAGAUGGACAAAUGAUGACACUAAUCGAAUAAAAACAAAUGAAUUGGCUGCGAUGAUCAAUCCGGCGAAUAGGAAAACUAGGGUUUCAAUCAGAACAAGAUGUCAAGGUCCUACUAUGAUUGAUGGGUGCCAAUGGAGGAAAUAUGGGCAAAAGGUUGCUAAAGGGAAUCCAUGCCCGAGAGCAUAUUAUCGAUGCACUGUUGAGCCUGGAUGCCCUGUAAGAAAGCAGGUACAAAGAUGCAUGGAGGAUAUGUCCAUACUAAUAACCACAUAUGAAGGCACACACAACCACCCAUUGCCUGUGGGAGCUACGGCUAUGCCUUCGACUACAACAGCAUCAGCAGCGGCAGCGGCCACAGCAAAGUUCCUGUUAUUAUCUUCCGGCUCAAAUUCAUUGUCCCCUGAUACCUUUCUAACUGAUGGCUUUGCUUGCAACCAUCAAAAGCCAAUGUCUCCUUAUCUUAGCCCAUAUUUGCCAAACCCUUCUCAUUCGUUUCCCUUCAACAACAUCCCAAACUCUGCAAGCUCUUCUAGUUCUCUAUCUCAUCACCAAGUACCAAAGCCUUUCAGAUAUCCAUGGCAUUCAACUAGCUCUGGAGAGAAAUAGUCGCCAUAUACAAGGAGGAGGCUGAGCUAUAUAUAUAAUAAGUUCAGGCUUUCAUCGCCAUUAAUUGCCUUUGAUUUAAUUGUGAUGUGAUCCACAUUUUAUGCCAAGUAGAUUGCUUAAAAUGCAUGUAAGUGUUAAGAGGUUUUAUGGACUUGUACAUGUGCUUGUAAA